CAUAGGUUUUGAACACAUGCGCCUGGAAAAGAGCCGUGCAAUACAUCAUCCUCACCAUUAGAGGGCAUGGCAACAACCGGCAAGGCUCAAGCCUUCCAAAUCUGCCUUCCUUCUUCCUCUUCCGGUGACGGCGAUAGCAGCUAGAAAAUGGUGCAGCGCCUGACUUACCGACGUAGGCUGUCCUACAACACAGCGUCCAACAAGACCAGACUGUCCCGGACGCCUGGUAACCGCAUCGUGUAUCUGUACACCAAAAAGAGGGGCAAAGCACCCAAAUCGUCAUGCGGCAUCUACCCAGGAAGACUGCGUGGAAUCCGGGCUGUAAGACCUCAGGUUCUCAAGAGGCUCUCAAAAACAAAGAAGCACGUCAGCAGGGCUUAUGGAGGCUCCAUGUGUGCCAAGAGUGUGCGUGACAGGAUCAAGCGCGCUUUCCUGAUUGAGGAGCAGAAGAUUGUCGUCAAGGUGCUCAAGGCGCAAGCACAGAGCCAGAAGUCUAAGUAAAA